AUGGGCGGUGAGACUGACAAGAUCGUCGACGACGAGACUGGCUCUAUAGCUAGCUUCGAGGAAGUUGGUUUCAGACGUGUAUCGAAGGACAGCCAAGCCUUGGUUGUUAAGCAAGUCUCCGGAAACAAGCCAACAGCAGAUAUACUCUACGUGUUGCAGUAUCUCGGUAUCGGCGGCAAGGUCCUUGACACUCGGGAAAGCGUCACUCCCUUCGAAGAGAUACCAGAUUAUGGAAAAGACGGGGACAACACUUCCAAGCACGGCAUCAAGUCCAUCCUCGAGAUCGUGACCAAGGUAUCGACCAGAAUCAACAUCAGGCGCGCACCCCGAAACGGACGUAACAACUGUUAUAACGACGGUGACGACUACUAUGAUUCGGCGUCGUCGGAGAGCGAGGAUGAUAGUGCCAUGAAGCCUGCUAGGGUUGAGCGCACGCAGAUGAUUAUUCACUCAGAAUACCUCAUCAACGCGCUAAGAGCAGUCGUGGCUUACUAUCCCAAUGUCAAUUUGCUUGGAGACAAGGUUACUAUUGAAGCCCCCUAUCGCGUCAUCGUACACCAUCGUGAGGCUCUGAAACGGUACCGUUACCACCAGCCUGGCAACCAUUCAUCAGAGUAUUCUCGCAUGACGGUAGAACAUAUAGAUGUGCUCCUCGAAUUCAUCGAGCAGACGGUGGGGGAUUCCAUUCGCAAGGAACAAGAACGGCACCAGCGCAGCGUCCCAGUUGCCACUUUUGAAAACUACUGGGUGGCUCUGAAGCCUGGUGAAGUCAUCUACGUCAAGCACGACGGCCUUUGGGAGCCACGUGUUAUCAGCAAGUUGCUACAGGAUGUCUCAACCGACGGACGUAGCCGCCACAUGAACGUCGUUUCUUGGUACCUGGAAUUUGGCCACAAUCGAAUUAUCCGCACAAUGGACCAGAUUAAUGUCCCUUCAUGGACUGGCGAGCAGGUUAUUCGCUCGCUGAACGUCAUACCUGCGCACUUAUUCCCAGAUGACCCAGAAACUAUGCUCAAGAAGCAGAUCAAGUUAGGAAAGCUGUACUGGGACCUGCUGCAGCGGCCGACAUACAUGGAAUACGAUGGCUUGCUUGUGCAGUCCCACCCAGGGUUUCGCGGAGGACCCAUGUCUCGCGGACCCUCAGGCUAUAUGACCGGACGGGUAAUUUGUGACGCCGAGGGUUACGAACGACUGAGCAUGCGUGCCCCAGAGAACCGACACGCUCCACCACCGAUGCAUCGAGGAAGACCAGGUCACCCGGUGCCGGUUAACGCACUUCCCCCGCCAAAGGACCACUUGCCUCAUUUCCUCCCACGCUGCGGCUGCGAGGAGUGUGCUGCCGAGACUGACCGCACAGACUUCUCACCAUUUGCCGACUUCGACGACAUCAGCCUCAGGGAUUCGUCGGCUCCGACCAAUGACAUCUUCUACAUCGCAUGCACCAAUAUCAUUUCAGGCUUCCUCCUUGGUGACCGACGCUGGGGUCAUCUGAACCUCGAGCACCUGAAGCCCGUCGUCACCGACCGCGAGGCGUUCAAGUACCUCGUCCUCGACGACGAGAUCAAGAUGACCGUCAAGGCGCUCAUCGGCAAGUUCGCCGCAGCCGACUCCAGCAAAGUCUCGCCUUGGGGCAAUGACUUUGUUAAGAACAAGGGCGAGGGUCGCAUAUUCCUUCUUCACGGCGCCCCCGGCGUCGGCAAGACCUGCACCGCCGAGUGCGUUGCCGAGCUGACCAACCGCCCACUAAUCUCUCUGACCUCGGGUGACCUCAGCGUCGACUCGAACGAUGUCGAAAACAACCUGUCUUACUUCCUCGACCUGGGUCAGCGCUUCGGCGCCCUGGUCCUCCUCGACGAGGCCGACGUCUACCUCGAGCGCCGCCGCGCCAAGGACAUUGCGCGCAACGGCCUCGUCUCCGUCUUCCUCCGCGCGCUCGAGUACUACCGCGGCGUGCUCUUCUUGACAACGAACCGUGUCCAGGCGUUUGACGCGGCCUUCACGUCGCGCAUCCACGUCGCGCUGCACUACAAGAACCUGACGGAUGUCGACCGCGAGCGCAUCUGGGCCAACAACUUUGAGCGCCUGGACAGGGAUUCGAACGGGCGCGUGCGAGUCGCCGUCGCUACGAGGGAGUAUGCUUACGAUUCGCGUGAUGUCCGCGCUCUGCGCUGGAACGGUCGUGAGAUCCGGAACGCGCUGCAGACUGCGCUGGCGCUUGCUGAGAGCGAGGCUGCCGAGGAGGGAAGCGAGCGGAUCUGUGUUACAGACAAGCAUCUGCGGGCCGUGGUCAAGAUGAGCCGUGGUUUCAGGGACUAUCUGCGUAGUGGUAACGUCUAUGACGGGGAGAGUGUGCUUGAGGAGAGCGAGGGCGAGGAUGAAGAGAUUUACUCUGACUGA